GCACGGACCAUAACACCGACAUUUAUCUGCUAACAGAGUAACCGAGACUGGGAACGGUUAGCGACCAGUGUCACAAGAAGCUAACGUUAGCUCGGCUGCGUAUGUUAGUUGUUGUUAUGCUAGUUAAUAUCGUCAAAAAGUACAGUGGAUCUCGGAAUGCCAGGCAGUAGGUUGAAUUCUGUUACAGGUUUGUAGCUACAACAAGACACAAUGGAGACAAUGGAACCUCAUCGAUGUAAAAAAUGUGGACAGACUUUCUCAGACAGCAUCUUAUUUGCCUCCCACGUUUGUUCAGAUAAGGUGAACACGCCAUUCAGUAAAACACAGCUGGGGAGCUACAAGUGUUCUCAGUGCAGCGAGGCUUUUUCCAAACCAGGAGUCCUCAAACGGCACUUUAAAAACAUCCACGGUGGACGUGACCUUAAAGGCCCGUUCCACUGUGCUCAGCCUGACUGUCAGUUCAGCAGCACAGAGCGUCAGGAAUAUCAAAACCACCUCACGUCCACACAUGGCCUCACUCUUAUCCCCUGCACCCUCCAGUCCUGCAGAGUGUCAUUCCUCACGCAGGGUGAGAUGGAGAAACACUCGCGGGGCCACAUGCCCUUUGGCUGCCUUCGGUGUGACUUUGUUACUCAUAAUGUGAAAGACCUGGGUCACCACGUCCUGGAGCACAGCCAUCAGCCAACGUGCACUCAAGGGAACGAGACUGCAGCCACUGCAGCGUGCACAAAUAGAAGCCACCAGCCUCAGGUGACCAGCAGGCCAAAAAGAAAACUGAUAUCCAGCCCAGGUUAUGCAUCAUCGUUAACAGAAGACAGGAAUGAGGAAAAGCCUGAUAGGCAGAGGAAGAAUAGUAAAAGAGUGAGAAAGGCAGUGGAGAGAGACGAAGCGUCAGCGGUGGACGCUGCACCACUGCCAUCUAAAGAUUACCUUGCAGAGGGAUCUGAGCACAUCUAUCGCACCCACACCUGCCCCAAAUGCCGGCGCUGCUUCAAGAUGCGCUCCCACCUGCAGGAGCACCUCCACUUACAUUUCCCCGACCCCAGCCUCCAGUGUCCCACCUGCAAGCGUCACUUCACCAGCAAAAGCAAGCUGCGCAUCCACAGACUCCGUGAGGCGGGUGAGAAGGUUCACCGCUGCCACCUGUGUGAGUAUGCGGCCGUGGAGCGGAACGCAAUCCGCCGCCACCUCGUCAGCGUGCACGCCGAAGUGGCAGGAGAGGACGGAAACAGUCGCAGCUAUCCCUGUCCGACCUGUGCUGAAAGCUUCAGACAGAGCAGGCUGCUCAAGGCUCACAUGAAGACGCACAACAUCCUGCCAGACAGCAAGCCACUGGCCUGCUUUCAAGAGGGUUGCUCUUUCCAGAGUUCUUCACGCAAAGAACUUCUCAAACACGCUUCUGAAGUACACGGGGUCAAGGCGUUAGAGUGUCGUCAUCACGCCUGCGGUGCCGUCUUUCAAAGCGAGUCGGACAUGGAGGCUCAUUAUCGGACACACCUCGCCUACCACUGCUCACAGUGUGACUUCUCCUGCUCCAACAAGGCCGUCUUCCUCCAGCACCAGCGGCUCGGUCACCCUGGAAAUGACAAGCUGUGCUGCGAUUUCUGCUCCUUCGUCACAUUUAACCCCGUGGAGUUUGAGCAGCACAUUGGACAUUUGCACGCCACUGAGAAGAUCCACCGCUGCUCUCAGUGCAGCUACGUGACGUCACACAAACGCGGCCUGAAGAGACACAUGCUGAUGCACAGCGGUGAGAAGCCUCACAAGUGUAGCCUGUGUGACUUCAGGUGUCGAGAUGAGUCUUACCUUUCCAAACACAUGCUCACUCACUCAGAUGACAAGAACUUCAUGUGUGCUGAAUGUGGAUAUGUGACUAAAUGGAAACACUAUCUGAAUGUCCACAUGAGGAAACAUGCUGGAGACCUCAGGUAUCAGUGUGAUCAGUGCCCUUACCGCUGCCAUCGCAUGGACCAGCUAAACAGCCACAAAUUACGACAUCAGGCCAAAACGCUCAUGUGUGAGAUCUGCGCUUACGCCUGCAAACGAAAAUAUGAGCUUCGAAAUCACAUGCUGGCCAAACAUUCUGGGGAAGACAAACAACCAUCUGUCUAUAAAUGCAAAUACUGCACAUACACUUCCUGCUACAGACAAGCACUUCAAAACCACGAGAACUGCAAACACACCAAGCUCAAAGAGUUCCGGUGUGCCCUCUGCCUCUAUUCCUCCUUCAGCAGCAUCAGCCUCUUCCUGCACAAGAGGAAAGCUCAUGGCUACGUACCAGGAGACAAAGCAUGGCUGGAGAACUACACUGCAAAGGAGAAGGAGAGGAACUCUGCUGAGAUCUUGCAGGAUUUCUACAACAAGCCCUCGACGGCUCAUGAGCAGCCUGAACAGUCGGCUGCUGAAGGGCCUCCAGGAGAAAAAUCUGAUGCAGAUCCCAGUGCUAGCAAAUCUGUCGCUGGUUCUGUGGAUGGUUUUGAUGUAGUUCCUCCAGAGGCUGUUAAUGAAGGUGUUUCAGAUUGUCCUCUGCCUGCGAACAGUCCUGAGUACUGUACUCUUGUUUUAACAACACUAUCAACCACCGAGUAUCAGAUGCCUUCUUUGCAAAAUGAGGAGGAAAACUGCGCAAAUCAAACUUCAGGUUCACCCAAUUUAAACUGUAACGAGUCUGAGGUAUCACAAGAGAAGGCAGGCGUCUCGACUGCUUCGUCGGAGGAAGGCGACGUAGCUCUGGAGGAUGCAGAAUGUGAACAAAGUGACUUAGACGACACCUGCGAGCCUCAGCAAGUUGAGCCUGGGGAGGGUCAGCCUCAAGCACCUGAGGAGGAGAACGAUGGUUCUGGUACUUUAACAUCCCAGCAAAAUCAGCCGUUAGAAUCUGAGCUCCGUCUGAGAGCCAUGAAGAAGCACGACAAGGACCAAGCAGAAGCCAUGGUUUUGGAGGGACGGGUUCAGAUGCUCGUGGUGCCAACUAAAGAUGUUUAUCGCUGUGACAAAUGCUCUUACGUUACCAACAAGGAGAGCACUUUAAAGUACCACCUCCAGGCUUUGUGCCACGGUAGGACAAAGGGACACAAGUGCCAGGCCUGUGGUGCACAGUUCAAACAGAAACGAGGAAUUGAUAGCCACCUCGCAAAGAAGUGUCCAGCUGUACCUCGAAAAAGAAGGAUGUUUGUAGGCAAUUCAAAUACUUCUUUGGCUACGGAAGAUAACUCUACUGUAGGUCUGGAAGGAUCCAAAGAACUGGAUGAGGGAACAAAUUCCAAUCUAUCCUCACGGAAAAGGAUUCCCGAAGAUUCACAUGAGCAGGAAAUUCAUCAACGAGAAGCAGAAGUACAUUCAUCUAAUUUAACACACUGUAAAGACUUUGUUCAUGAUGCUUUGACAUCGAGUGAAUCAGAACACCAGCCAAACAAAAGUCAGACAAAAAAGCAAGUAUCCGUAAAUGUUCCUCUGCAGUCCCUUUACACGAAAAAAGACGGGAAAUUCAAAUGCAAGCUGUGUCAUUUUUUAUCAGUCAAGGUCGCGAUAGUCGAACGGCAUCUUACAACCUGCAGGAAAACCCGAAGGAGAAGAGAGAAUCAGAUCAUUUCAGAACUGGACCAUGAGUGUGGUGACGAGUCAGUCAGAGCAAGAGAGGACUCUGUGGAAGAGAGCAAUGAAAGAACUGGGAAAGUUCCUGCCAAACAUCAGAUCUUCUCUUGUCCAAACUGUGCAUUUAAGUGCAAUCAGAAAAGGGCAUUAGACAGUCAUGAGAAGAGAGGCUGCUUGAAGCCGGGUGAAGUCCAGUGCACCACGUGUUCAUUUGUAGCCAAAUCUAAGAUGUCUUUGACUCGUCACACCCUGUUUGUCCACAAGAAGAAAAAAACUGGUGUUUCUAAACGUUUGCGCUGCCAGCACUGUGCAUUCACCUGCAAACAAGAUCGAUGCAUGGCCCAACAUGUCGCGCUCAAGCACAAAGGCGCUCGACCCCACCGCUGUCGUUAUUGUCCUUUUAGCACCACAAGGCGUUACCGCCUGGAAGAGCACGAGUCUCUUCACACAGGAAUCGGUCGUCACCGCUGUGAUAUAUGUGAGAAGACAUUUGGGGCUGUGACCAAACUGCGGCAGCACAAGAUGCGAAUCCAUGACAAACAGCCAACACACUUCUGCUCGCUCUGUGACUUCAGCGGCUACACGCUGGACGAUGUGAGACGGCACAACCUCAGAUGCCACACGGGGGAGCUACACCAUGCUUGCACUCACUGUGAAGCUCAGUUUAGCUCAGAAGUGGCUCUAAGAAACCACUGUAAGCGCGUUCACCAGCUCCAGGUGUGUUUCUCAUGUAAGCAGUGUGACUACACAUGCAGCAGCGAGGUCACGCUGAAGACCCACCAAGAGAGCAAACACUCUCAGGUGAAGUGCAACACCUGCCAGGAGUCUUUCAAGACGAAGGAAAGUCUUUUGGUCCAUCAGAGAACACACCUGGCUCAUCAGUGUCAGCUGUGCCCGUUCGCCUCCAAAACCAGGCAACUGUUGGCUCAACACCUUCUGAGCGAACACGAGGAGGGAUCACCUGAGGACAAGCCUCUCAAAUGCAGCACCUGUCAGUUUGCCUGUCGGCAUCAGCUGGUGUUAGAGCAGCACCUCCGUUCACACGGAGGCAAGAGGCUGUACAAAUGCACUGACUGCGAGUAUUCAACCAGGAACAAGCAGAAGAUCACGUGGCACAUUCGGAUACACACCGGGGAGAAGCCCUACAGCUGUGAGCAGUGCAGUUACACCUGCACUGAUCCAUCCAGACUCAAGCUUCACAUGAGGGUUCACCAGGAGGAGAAGAAGUACCUCUGUCCACAGUGUGGCUACAAAUGCAAGUGGGCGACGCAGCUGAAGUACCACAUGACCAAACACACAGGGGACAAGCCGUACGCCUGUGAUGACUGUGACUACCGCACUAACAGAGCAGACGCUCUCCGUGCCCACCGGGACACUCAACACUGUGAGGCUCGCCCUUACGUCUGCGAGAAAUGCGGCAAAGCCUUCAAGACUAGUUUCAUCCUGAAGACCCACCAGCGUCAACACAGCGACGAUCGGCCGUACGCCUGCGGCCUCUGCCAGAAGGCCUUCAGGUGGCCCGCCGGCCUCAGACAUCACUACCUGUCGCACACCAAGCAGCAGCCGUUCCGCUGCCGUCACUGCUCCUACAGAGCCAAGCAGAAGUUCCAGGUGGUGAAGCAUUUACAGAGGCACCACCCAGAGGUGUCAGUGGAGGAAGGCGUGGUGAGGGACUCCGAGGCCGGUAGUCUGACCCUGAAGGAGGCACUGGAGGGGACGCUGGAAGAGAGAGCAGCAGGAGUGGAGGAGGAGGAGGAGGAGGAGGAGGAGGAAGGGACUGUUGAAGAGGAAGAUGGCGAUACAAAACAAUAAAGAGACGACACAGCAGACGCUGUCGUCAGUGUGUUCCAAAAGGAAGCUGACGUUCAUUCAUGUUACUGUCUGACCAUCUGAUUUUACUCUGCCAUGAAUAUCUAAUCAGCACACUUUAAAAAGUGAAGGGAAAGUAGAUCAAGAGGAAUGUGUGUGCUGUAAAAAAAAAAAAGAGUGAAGCGAUCAACUUAAACAAUAAAUGAGUUUGUUGAUGAUGAA